GUCGACGACAGCACACAGGCAUGCUGGUUCUCUUCGCGUCUGCAGUGCAGGGCUGGAUGGUGAGGGGGCCGGUGGCCGCGCCCCUGGUGCAGCAGCAGCAGCAGCAGCAGCAGCUUGACGCGGCGCGAGCCGCGGCGCCGGCGAUGAAGGCGUCGCGCCGGGCAUCGGAGAACGCUGGCAAGGUCGAGGAGGAGAAGCUGUACAGCCCGGAGGAGGCGGUGGCGCUGAUGAAGGAGCUGGCGACGGCCAAGUUCACCGAGACGGCCGAGCUCCACGGCAACCUCAACCUCGACCCCAAAUACAAUGACCAGCAGAUCCGGACAACGGUCGCGCUUCCGCACGGCACUGGCAAGUCCGUGCGCGUGGCUGUGCUUGCGGAGGGAGCGGCGGCGGACGAGGCGAAAGCUGCGGGCGCCGACCUCGUCGGUAUGGCCGAUCUGAUCGAGGAGAUCGCGGCGGGGAACCUCAACUUCGAAGUGCUCCUCGCGACGCCGCCUGCGAUGCCGAAGCUUGCCAAGUUGGGCAAGGUCCUCGGCCCAAAGGGCCUGAUGCCGUCUCCCAAGGCUGGGACCGUCACCGCCGCGCCCGGCGAGGCGGUCGGCGAGUUCAAGGCGGGAAAGAUCGAGUUCCGGACUGACAAGCAGG